CAGGUCUCAGAUUUCGCCAGGGAGAAGCGAAGUCACGACGACGUCCUGCGGGCCCUGAAGGACGAGAUGAAGCAGCAGCGUCAGCAGUUCGAAAGCCGCAUGACGUCUUUCCAGGAGCAGUUCGAGGAGUACAAGGCCAAGACUACGGCCGAGCUCCAGGUGCAGGAGAUCCUGAACGCCCGCCGUGCGGAGGCCCUGAGGAACAUGGAGGACGAGCGGCAGCGCCACGUCAAGGCGCGGACAAAGCCGACGGCGCGCAUCUCUGCGCUCGCUCCGAUUGCGAACCCCAUGCUCGGGUCCGCCCCGCCCAGCGGCAUCGCGCCCGUGGCGAACCCGUUGCUCGGCUCUGGCCCGCCCGGCGCCGAGCUCACCAGCCUCCCGAACGGGGAUGCGGACGAGGAGUCUGAGGCGCGGUACGAGCAGUACAUGCUCGCGAAGGACCAUCGGGGGUACCGGGUGGACGACAUGGGCAUGGACACGGCCUGGCGGGACUACCAGCUGAGCCAGCCGGCGCCAUCGACGCUCCCGGCGCGAAAGGCAAUGCCCAAGUUCCGGGUCGAGCGGGCGCGCAAGGCGAACUCGGUCGGCCCCCACGCGCCCGUCGCCACGGAGGAGGGGACGCGCUGAGGCCCGAGCACAGCGUGCGGCCCGUGCCGCUGAGGCAGCUGGAGCUGCCCGCGCCGCACACGGCCCGGUGAGCGAGCGCGCGUCCCCCGCCCCCCUCUUGGACGCCCCCUCUCUUGGCCGCGCCCGCUCCUCGCCGCGGCUGCCGGGGCUCCCUCCGUCACCCGGCAGCGCGCCCGAGGGGGGCAGGGCAACGGGGUGGCGGCCCUCCCGAGGAAGCACGCGAGAAUCCAGGCUUCCCAGAUGGUCAGGGGCAUCCAUGGAGGAGGGGCCGAGCGUGGGCGGCCUUGCCCGCGGUAGGACGGCCUCCUGCCCGAGACGCGGUGCCGUGCUUCUCACGACGCCGCGCCCUGUCCGCCCUGGCUCCCCACCUUCGGGGGAGGACCAAAGGCAUCAAGCGGGCACUUUCGGACGCAAAGUCUGCGCAUUUCCGGCGCCUCGUUUUUCCAUAGUUUCCGGCCUCUCAGGGCCCCUGCCGGGCCUCGGGAACGCAACAAAGAACGAUUCGGCAGUGACAACCUGGAAGUGGUCGAGAGCUCCUGCGCCUCGAGCCGCCAGAUGUCUGCGUCAUCAUAUCCGUGCUCAGUGGUCUCUUCUUCUCCUUGUGCGGAGCGCACCAGACAAGCUCUCUCGGCAUCGUUCGG